AUGCAGGCCAAGUCAACCCCUUUUGUUCCAACACAACAUUUUUCUCAUCCAUCAUCCUCAUCAGCAGCGACCAAUAAUCAAUAAACAUCAAAAGACGAGCAGAACAUUGGCAACCCAGAAACAAGCGAUUGGCAGCGCUGUGAAUACAGCAUUCCUCUGAUAAAAAUAAAAGAUCAUGGACUUCUUCGCGAGUGGUCUUAAUGCUCUGCGGGGCCAAAAGGGCCAGCACCAAACAGGAUCCGAGACAGUGGACAGACUAUGCGAAAGAAUCGAACAUGGAACUCUUCUCGAGGAUCGACGCGCGUCCGUCCUUGCCCUCAAAGCUUGCGCCAGAGAGCACAAAAGAGAUAUUGCAACGCGCGGUGUCCUUGUACUGUGCAAGGUCCUCCGACAGGACUCCAUGGAUAUCGACAUUAGCAAGGCAGUUCUGGAAACCCUAACAGUGCUUUGCCAGCCUGACUCGGAUCAUGAAGAAUCUCGGGAGUUUGCGCUGGAAAUGUCAAAUGCGUUUCUUCAGGAUGCAGGCAACGUUGCUAUUCUUCUGGAUAUGCUCGAGGAAAGCGAUUUCUACGUGCGGUUCCAUGUGGUAUCGUUGAUGUCGGUACUCGUACUGAACAACACGCCGCGCCUGCAGGAGUGCGUUCUCACCUCACCCAUGGGCAUGUCGAGGCUGAUGGCUCUUCUAGACGACCGGCGUGAGAUUAUUCGCAACGAGGGGCUUUUACUGUUGAUCUCGCUUACAGAGUCGAAUGCAGAUUUGCAAAAAAUCGUUGCCUUUGAAAACGCGUUCGAACGCUUACUGGCCAUCAUUGACGACGAAGGAGCCAUUUCGGGCGGCAUCAUUGUCCAAGACUGUCUGCAACUAGUGCAGAAUCUUCUGAGAUACAAUGUCUCAAAUCAGAACUACUUCCGUGAGACGAGCUGCAUUCAGCGGAUUCCUGCCUUGUUCGAGGAGGAGACGAUAGAUGACAGUGGAAGGCACAACUACGCUGGGAAAGAUGUAUGGUCGGAUCAAAAAGGCAACAACAUGAUCAUGGUCCUGGAGCUGAUCCGUGUCCUCGUUGUUCCAGACCACUCAAAUACCAUUCCCAACCAGAAAUCGAUGUAUCAAUGCGGGAUCCUUCAACUCCUAAUCGACCUCUCAUUGGCAUCCAGUGCUCCGCAAAGGGUGAAAGCCAGUGCGUUCUAUGCCUUGGCAGAGCUAAUCCGGCUGAACAAGGUCAACCAGGAUGCGCUGUCCAAAGCCGUCAUUACACCUGCGCAUCCGCCACUUGCGCCCUCUGAAAACCUCUCGUCAUCACUAACACCUCCUGGUCGAUCAUCAGCUCAACUAUCCCGCUCUUCUUUUCAAUCCGGACGCGGCUCUGCGCAGGGCGACCGGUUUCCUCACGGCUAUCGCCACCUAGAACCUCGUGAACGCUGCCCGGCAAUAGUGGAGGUGGUCGCCAUAGCAGUGGGACAAUACCCAGGAUGCACGUACUCUGUGAGGGCCGCAGCAACUUGUCUUUUCCAGACCUUCGUUUUGGAGAAUCCCGAUACACAAAUGGUGCUCGCUACAACUUUGAACCCUCCGCCUGAAGACAACCCAAAUACUGCUUCUAAUGAAAAACCACGGUCUCCAGGGACGCUGCUGUUGGGCGCACUGCAGGGCUGGCAGGACGAUGCGGAAACGGCAUCUACGGACCCGUACAACAGUUGGUUUGCAACCGUGUUGUUUUCUCAUAUUCUACAAAACAAUGCUCGCGCAAAGGCCAUCGCACUCGCCAUUACCUUUGGCGACGAAGAACAUGGUGAAGACCCAGUGUCGUUGAUCCACGCCAUAGCAGCAGCUUUGAUGGUAGCUGUCAAAGGACGGGCAGACGUUCGGGUGGCACUAGGAUAUCUCGCUCUGCUCUGCGUAUGGUGCUACGACAGCCCCAAAAGCAUCAAAGACUUUUUGUCCGAAGGCGCCCAUCUCCAAUUUUUGAUCGAGCUAAUUAGUCCAUCGUCCAAGGAAGACUUGAUGGUUCAGGGUUUGGCGGCGUUCUUGUUGGGGAUCUGCUAUGAAUUCAAUUGGGAACAGGAUGCUCUUAUCAGCCGGGCGACUAUUCAGCCGAUUAUCCUGAGCCGUAUUGGGCUGGAUCACUUUGCGGCCUGCAUCACUCGUGUCCGUGAGUCGAAGCCAUUCAACGCUGCGGUGCCGUUUAUGGUAGUUCUUCCGUCGGAGGAGAGCGAGGGAAGAUUGCCGGGACUCUAUUUCGACUAUUCGUUUGUUGAGUUCAUGAAGAGGACAUUUGAGCGGACACAGAAAUCGAUAACACUAUCGCCAGACAACAGGCAGUCGCAGCAGACAUCAUCGCAAACUACCAAUGCCGAGAUUGAGAUCCAGCUGGCGUCAAUGCAGUCCAAGGUGACGACACAGAACGCAGAGAUGGAAGAGCUACGGGCGGCACUGGAUGAGUCUCAGCGCAUGCUAGCUCAGCAGGCCCAUGAACGUCAGGAAUACGAACGUGAACUAGCAGAAAUGCGGGAGAAGCUGCGCGAGAGCGAAGCGCGGCACACGGCCCUUGAGAGGGAGCAUGAGGACUUGUUGAUCUGCCUUGCAGAACAAGACGAGGAGCUGACGGUAGUGAAGGAAAGGCUGUUGUCGCUGGGGGUGGGCGGAGGGCAUGCACCGUAGGAAGGGAGAUUAGGAGGGCAUAGGUAGAUGAUGAAGGUGGAGUGCAGAGGAUGAAGGGAUGCGGUGUAAUAAAGAAAGAAAGAAAGAAAGAAAGAAAGAAAGAAAGAAAGAAAGGAAGGAAGGAAGAAAGGAACGCCUUUGUCCACUCUUGGAGCUGAGGAGGAUGGAGAAGUG